AUGAGACUAUACCCAUCCAUUCCACUCUUGCCACGACAAACAAUUGACAAGUGCAUCAUAGAUGGGUAUGAAAUUCAACCCAAAACCUUGGUUUAUAUUAAUUCAUGGGCCAUUGGAAGGGACCCUGAAUUGGAUCUGGUCGAAGAGCAUCCUGGGAUCAAUCUAGGAGUUACAACAGUAGAGCUUGCACUUGCCAAUCUUCUUUACUCAUUUGAUUGGAAAUUACCUGCUAGGAUGAAAAUUGAAGAUAUUGAUAUUGAUAUCAAUCCUAGUUUUACAGUACAUUAG